GAAAUUGUUUUAAAAUUACAAAAAAAAAAAAUUAACAAAAAAAAACUAACCAACCGACAUUUAUGUGCAGAAUUACAAUUCACUACCAUGAAAGUAUCUAAAUGCAUUUAACCAAAGGCACCUAUUCGACCGCAACGCGUAGAAAGCGCAUAUCUAUGCAAGCGUUUAACUGUAUAAGUCACUAACAAAAACAAAAAACAAAAGCCGAGUAUUAAAUAAAACUAAAAAAUGUGUAAAUUAAGCAGACUACAAAUGCGCCUCUCUGUCAACUACAGCGCGUACACGUUCCUGCUACUAGCACACUUGCUGACCCAGGGCUUAGGUGGCGCUUGGGCACUCCACACUAAGGGCGCCAUCAGACCAGAGUCCUCCUAUGCACUCUCCUCGGAAGCUGCCUCAGCCAGCGCGGCCAGCAUGAUGGCCACCUCCAUGGCCGGUGCUGGUGCCGCUGCCACAGCAGGCGCUGGUGCUGCAUUAUCCUCCGCCUCCAACAACGACGAUGCUGCGAGUGCUUCAUCGGCCGCAGCAGCCGCCCAGCCACAGCCUACAAAUCAAUGUUCCUGGCAGUAUAAUGGCACCACAUCGGUACGCUGUAAUUUGCGCACCAUCGAACGGCAUAUUGCGCUCGAUUUGCAGGGAGCUGAUGGCACCAGUCAGUUGGAGAUCAAAUGCAGCGAAAUCUACCUCUUUGAAUCGCAAUUGCCACAGGCGGCAUUUGCACGUCUACAAACGUUGGAUGUGUUGCGUAUUGAUGGUUGCAAAUUGUUGCAAUUGCCGAAUAAUGCUUUUGAGGGACUGAAUGUGCUGCGUACGUUGGCGGUGAAUACGCGCAAUCCCGAUUGGGGACCUGGCAAAACGUUGGAAUUGUAUCCGGAUUCGUUGAAUAGCUUGAAGCAGCUGACCGAAUUGCAGUUGGGCGAUAAUAAUUUGCGCGCCUUGCCGGCUGGAUUUCUAUGCCCGGUGGGGAAUUUGCAGGUGCUCAAUUUGACGCACAAUCGCAUACGCUCUGCGGAGAAUCUCGGUUUCGCCGAUAUGAAUUGUAAUGGCGGUAGCGAGCUGCAAGUGCUAGAUGCGAGCUUCAAUGAGCUGCGCUCUGUGACCGAGAGUUGGGGUAUUUCGCGCUUGAGGCGGUUGCAACAAUUGAAUUUGCAACACAAUAAUAUUUCAGAGUUGUCGGGCGAGGCGUUGGCCGGACUGAGUUCAUUGCGUAUAGUUAAUUUGAGUAACAAUCAUUUAGAAACACUGCCCGAGGGGCUGUUUGCCGGCUCGAAAGAACUACGUGAAAUACAUCUGCAAAACAAUGAGAUUUACGAACUGCCAAAGGGUCUGUUUCACCGUUUGGAGCAAUUGCUGGUGGUGGAUCUGUCCGGUAAUCAGUUGACCUCGAACCACAUAGACAAUACCACCUUCGCUGGUCUGAUACGACUGAUUGUGUUGAACCUGGCGCACAAUGCGCUCACACGCAUCGACUAUCGCACUUUCAAGGAGUUGUACUUCCUGCAGAUUUUGAAUUUACGUAACAAUUCCAUUGGCCAUAUAGAAGAUAAUGCCUUUCUGCCACUCUAUAACUUGCACACCUUAAAUUUGGCUGAGAAUCGUCUGCAUACCUUGGAUGAUAAGCUUUUCAAUGGGUUGUAUGUGCUUUCAAAACUCACGCUCAACAAUAAUCUGAUCAGUGUAAUUGAGCCAAAUGUGUUUAAGAAUUGCUCUGACCUAAAAGAAUUGGAUCUGAGCUCUAACCAGCUUAACGAGGUACCGCGCGCUUUACAAGACCUCGCCAUGCUACGCACACUAGACUUGGGUGAGAAUCAGAUACGCACUUUCGACAAUCAGAGCUUCAAAAAUCUGCAUCAGCUGACAGGUUUGCGUCUAAUAGACAACCAAAUUGGCAACAUUACCGUGGGCAUGUUCGCCGACUUGCCACGUCUUAGCGUACUCAACCUCGCCAAGAAUCGCAUACAGUCCAUUGAGCGUGGUGCCUUUGACAAGAACUUCGAACUGGAGGCGAUACGCUUGGACCGCAACUUCCUGUCCGACAUCAAUGGCGUAUUUGCCACGCUAGUCUCGUUGCUGUGGCUGAACCUAUCGGAAAACCAUCUCGUUUGGUUUGAUUAUGCCUUCAUUCCAAGCAAUCUCAAAUGGCUGGACAUACAUGGUAACUAUAUUGAGGCGCUUGGCAACUACUACAAAUUGCAAGAGGAGAUACGCGUGAAGACGCUGGACGCCAGCCACAAUCGCAUCACUGAAAUUGGUGCCAUGUCUAUACCAAACACCAUUGAAUUGCUGUUCAUCAAUAAUAAUCUCAUCAACACUGUGCAUCCGAACUCCUUUGUGGACAAGGUCAAUUUGGCGCGCGUCGACCUCUACGCCAACGCGAUGUCUAAACUGCAACUUCAACAGUUGCGUGUUGCACCUGUUCAACCGGCCAAACCGCUGCCGGAGUUCUAUCUUGGCGGCAACCCAUUCGAAUGUGACUGCACCAUGGACUGGCUGCAACGUAUCAACAACCUCACCACACGCCAGCAUCCACGCGUCAUGGAUCUCACAAACAUUGAAUGCGUCAUGCCACAUGCGCGCGGUGCCCCCGUACGUCCACUUACCUCUCUCAAACCAAAGGACUUCCUCUGUCGCUAUGAAUCACAUUGUUUUGCUUUGUGCCACUGCUGUGAUUUUGAUGCCUGUGAUUGUGAGAUGACAUGCCCGAGCAAUUGUACCUGCUAUCACGACCAAAUCUGGUCGACCAAUGUGGUAGAUUGCGGUGGCCAGCAGACCACCGAAUUACCGCGUCGUGUGCCCAUGGACUCGAGUGUGGUAUACUUGGAUGGCAACAACUUUCCAGUGUUGAAGGACCAUGCUUUCAUUGGACGCAAGAAUCUGCGUUCACUCUACGUGAAUGGCAGCCAGGUAGCGCGCAUACAGAACCGCACCUUCGCGGGACUGAUUUCACUGCAGGUUCUACACUUGGAGGAUAAUCUGCUACGAACGCUGCAUGGCAACGAAUUUGAAUUCCUCUUCGCAUUACGCGAGCUCUAUCUACAAAACAACCAGCUGACCUCGCUGGAUAAUAUAACACUUGCCCCACUCGUGUCCCUUGAAGUGCUGCGCAUCGAUGGCAAUCGCCUGGUGACCCUUUCUAUGUGGCAGCUGCAGCAACCACAAUUCAAGCAAAUGCGUACGCUGGCGCUGGGUCGUAAUCAGUGGAGCUGCCGCUGCAAGUUUCUGCAGGAGCUGACGGCCUAUGUUGCUGACAACGCGCAGAUAGUGCAAGACCUGCAGGACAUCUACUGCGUAGACACGGGUGUGAGCGGCAAUAGUGUAUUGCAAAAACGCGAGCUGGACUUUAAUGCCACCGCUGCCUGCACAGAUUACUAUGCUGGUGGCUCCAUGCUGCAACAUGGCAUACCAAAGACUUACAUACCGCUGCUUGCUGCAGCGCUAGCACUCAUCUUUUUGCUCGUGGUGAUCAUCAUAAUUUUUGUUUUUCGUGAAUCAUUACGAAUUUGGCUGUUCGCACACUAUGGCGUACGCGUGUUCGGACCGCGUUGUGAGGAGUCGGAGAAGCUGUACGAUGCCGUGCUGCUGCACUCGGCCAAGGACUCGGAGUUUGUUGCACAACACUUAGUGGCAGAGCUAGAAACUGGGCGCCCACCGUUGCGUGUGUGCCUGCAACACCGCGAUCUAGCGCACGACGCCACACACUAUCAGCUGUUGGAGGCAUCUCGUGUCUCGCGACGCAUAGUCAUACUGCUAUCACGCAACUUUCUACAGACUGAAUGGUCACGCUGCGAGCUGCGACGUGCCGUACACGAUGCGUUGCGGGGGCGACCGCAAAAGCUGGUCAUCAUCGAGGAACCGGAAGUGCUGUUCGAAGCGGAGAGCGACAUUGAACUGCUGCCCUACCUGAAGACGUCCGCAGUGCACCGCAUACGUCGCACCGAUCGACACUUCUGGGAGAAGCUACGUUACGCGCUGCCCGUCGAUUACCCCACCUAUCGUGGUGGCGUCGCCGGUGUACCCGGAAAUAACUACACAUUGGAUCACAACCACGAACGCAUCAAGCAGCCUGCCAGUCCUGGCAUACUCUAUCGUCAAGCGCCACCACCCGCUUACUGCACUGAUGGUGUGGCGGGCGCAGUUGGCGAGCACGGUGGUGGUGGUGGUGGUACCGAACCCACUAACUACUCCUCCGCCACAACAGCGACGCCCAGCCCGCGACCACAACGACGUGAACACGGCGGGGCCGUUGGUGCUACGGCCACGUUGCAUAAUACCAUUGUGGGCACACAUCUGCAUCCCAGCGCAGCGCAAGCGGCAACGCUGGCAGCCGCAGCAGCACAAAGAGGUGCAGAACUGAAUAGCGGUGGAGGCAGCGUUUCUGGCGUAGGAAAUAAUAGCCAGUAUUAUCAUCAUGCCACAGCGCCCAGUCAAACGUACACAAUGCGCCCGCCCUCGGAGCACAUUUACUCCAGUAUCGAUUCGGACUACUCGACGCUGGACAAUGAGAAUAUGCUCAUGAUGCCGCCACCCUCACCCACACCCAAUGGCGUGGCGGGCGUGCAGAGCUUACAGCGAUUUCAACAACAGCACCACCACCAACAACAACAACAACAGCAACAGCAACAGCAGCCGCAUAUGUCACAAACAUGGCGGCCGCAACAACAACAACAGCAGCAGCAUCAACAGCGCAGGGAGGUAGAGACGGCGAGUGGCGUGACGUCAGUAACAGCGGCGAACGGACAGCAGCAGGGGCCGCAUGUGCAGGCGUAUCUAGUGUAGAUGUAGUUGUAAAGCAAAUAGCGGAAUAAAAAUACGACGCACAGCUAAAGAAAUAAUAAUGAUUUAGAUAUUUAUUAAGUAGGAACGUAGCGAGAAGAAUUUGGGACUGGUUCCUGGCACUGAAACUAACACAACAAAAGUGUAAAUGUAAAA